ACGCGCUCUUAGUUCACUGUCAGCACUCGAUAAGAGCACUUUGGGCUAGCCGCUGACCUACGCAGGAGCUCACACUCUUUCCUCAUUUCAGAUAUCAUCUCCUUUAGCAAUCUGAUCCUAGAAGUGCGUUAGUGCUCCUCACUGGCCCCUCUAGAAGCUUGUGCCUUCCCCGCCACCGGCCGACAAAGAAUAACUCGCAACAUCGACUGGUUACCGAAUCGCAUAUCACACACUCCUCCCAGAAGAGGACCACUCCACUGGAAGUUGUUCGCUUUUAAGAAGGCGACAUCGCCGGACUCGGGUGCGGAAUGUCUGUCUCCAUUCAGGAACUGGACAACACAGUCCGGGCCUUCUAUGAGGGCAAAGGCGACAUUCAAAAACAAGCUCAGCAAUCGUUAACCGAAUUCAAACAAAAUCCCGAUGCUUGGCUAUUGGUGGGAAACAUCCUUCAAGAAUCCUCAUACUCACAGACAAAAUAUCUUGGCCUUCAAGUCCUCGACGAUGUGAUUAUGACGCGAUGGAAGGUCCUGCCUCGGGAGCAGUGCCAGGGUAUCCGCAACUUCGUCGUCAAUUUCAUCAUUGAGAGCUCCAGUUCAGAAGAGAAACUCAAAAGCGAGCGGACGCUGUUGAAUAAGCUGAACCUGGUCCUCGUCUCGAUCUUGAAGCAGGAGUGGCCGCAUAACUGGCCUACCUUCAUCAAUGAAAUCAUUUCCUCCUGCCAUACGAGCCUGUCGAUUUGCGAAAACAAUAUGGUCAUCCUUAGGCUGUUGUCGGAGGAGGUGUUCGACUAUUCCCAGGACCAAAUGACCUCGGUCAAGGCCAAGAAUCUCAAGACAACGAUGACGCAGGAGUUCUCGUCCAUCUUCCAGCUGUGCUCGGAGGUCUUGAACACGGCCAAUCAACCCAGUCUGGUCAAGGCUACCCUGGAAACUCUUCUCCGCUUCUUGAACUGGAUCCCACUCGGAUACAUCUUCGAGACUCCGAUCAUCGACACUCUCAUCACCAGAUUUUUGGACGUUCCGGAAUUCCGCAAUGUGACUCUCAAGUGUCUCACGGAGAUUGGUGGCUUGCAGAUAGGGCAGCAGUUCUCGUACGAUGAGAAGCUGGUUCAAAUGUUCACCGAGACAUUGACGAGAGUCUCGAAGAUUAUACCUCUGUCAAUGAACCUCAAAGACACCUACGCCCAUAGCAAUUCACGGGACCAGGAGUUUGUUCUCAAUCUGGCGCUAUUCCUUUGCAACUUUUUCAGUGUCCAUCUCGACCUCAUUGAAAAAUUGCCGAAUCUCGAUUAUCUCACCCAUGCGCACUUCUAUCUAAUCCGGAUAAGUCAGAUCGAUGACCGCGAAAUUUUCAAGAUCUGUCUAGAAUACUGGACCAAGCUUGUGCAGGAACUGUACGAGGAGAUGCAGCAGCUUCCCAUCACGGACCUGAACCCCUUGGUCACCAUGGGGGUCAGCGGCCUCUCGAAUAGUGGUGCCCCUCACCCGAGCACUCUCGCCAACUAUCCUCUACGCAAGCAUAAGUACCAGGAGGUAUUGUCGAGCUUACGGACUGUCAUGAUCGAGAAGAUGGUGCGUCCGGAAGAAGUCCUGAUCGUGGAGAAUGACGAAGGAGAGAUUGUCCGCGAGUUUGUGAAAGAGAGCGACACCAUUCAACUGUACAAGACGACCAGAGAGUGCCUUGUGUAUCUCACACAUCUGGAUGUCGUCGAUACAGAAAACAUCAUGGCAGAGAAACUUGCCAAACAGGUCGACGGUACCGAGUGGUCGUGGGCCAACUGUAACACUCUCUGCUGGGCAAUUGGUUCGAUAUCUGGUGCCAUGAACGAAGAGACUGAAAAGCGGUUCCUGGUUACUGUCAUCAAAGAUCUUCUUGGCCUGACGGAGAUGAAGCGAGGGAAAGACAACAAAGCUGUGGUCGCCAGUAACAUCAUGUAUAUCGUGGGACAGUACCCGCGCUUCCUCAAGGCUCAUUGGAAAUUCUUGAAAACAGUCGUCAACAAACUCUUCGAGUUUAUGCACGAGACCCACGAAGGUGUCCAGGAUAUGGCUUGUGAUACGUUCAUCAAGAUCGCUAACAAGUGUAAACGUCACUUUGUGGCUCUUCAGCCUGGGGAAAGUGAGCCGUUCAUCGAAGAGAUUGUCCGCAAUAUGAGGAAGAUAACCUGUGAUCUCUCCCCACAACAAGUCCACACCUUCUACGAAGCAUGUGGCUACAUGAUUUCUGCUCAGGGUCAAAAGGGUCUUCAGGAUCGACUAAUCGAGAACCUCAUGUCAUUGCCCAAUUCUGCCUGGGAUGCUAUCAUUGCCCAGGCAAAUCAGGACCCGUCCAUCCUCCAGGAUGGAGAAACGAUCAAGAUCAUCGGCAACAUCAUGAAGACCAAUGUCGCCGCAUGCUCCUCAAUCGGUAGCUAUUUCUACUCUCAGAUCGGCCGCAUCUAUCACGAUAUGCUCAAUAUGUACCGUGCGUCUAGCCAGCUCAUCUCGGACGCUGUCGCUACUGAUGGAAAUCUGGCGACGAAGACACCCAGAGUCCGAGGACUUCGGACUAUCAAAAAGGAGAUUCUGAAGCUUAUUGACACAUACGUGCAGAAAGCAGAUGAUCUGGAAAUGGUGAACACCAACAUGGUGCCGCCUCUUCUGGAAGCUGUUCUCCUGGACUACAAUCGGAAUGUCCCCGAUGCCAGAGAAGCAGAAGUCCUCAAUGUCAUGACAACCAUAAUUCACAAGCUUCACAACCUGAUGGAUGACCGAGUGCCUAUCAUCAUGGAAAGCGUGUUUGAAUGCACUUUGGAGAUGAUCAACAAAGAUUUCCAUGAGUAUCCCGAACAUCGUGUUCAGUUCUUCAAGCUGCUCCAGGCUAUCAACCUCUAUUGCUUCCCGGCGCUGCUGAAACUGAACUCGACGCAGUUCAAGUUUGUCAUCGACUCCUGCAUGUGGGCUAGCAAACACGACAACCGUGAAGUUGAGAACACGGGUCUCACCAUGUGCCUGGAGCUCAUGAACAACAUGGCCGAAACUGACCCACAGACUUCGAGCAUCUUCUUCCGCCAGUUCUACAUUCCCAUUCUACAGGACGUCUUCUUCGUCGUCACGGAUACCGAUCACAAAGCUGGGUUCAAAUCUCAGGCCAUGCUGCUGUCUCGGAUGUUCUAUUUCGUGGAAUCGGGCAAGAUACAGGACCCCAUUUACUCACCCGAACAGGCGCCACCGGGGACGUCAAACAAAGAAUUCCUCCAGGAAUAUGUCGCUAGUCUUCUGCAGACUGCCUUUAAGAACUUACAGGAAAUUCAAAUCAAACAGUUCGUCAUUGGUCUGUUUGCUCUGAACGAUGACUUCAACAAAUUCAAGACUCAUCUCCGUGAUUUCUUGAUUUCGCUCAAGGAAUUUGCAGGUGACAACGCCGAGCUUUAUGCGGAGGAGCGGGAACAGGCUCUUCGCGAUGCCCAGGCCGCAGAAAGAGACCGGGCAAUGAAGGUUGGAGGCUUGUUGAAGCCUGCUGAAAUGGAGCAAGAGGACGAGUUAUGACUUGAAAAAGAAUUGCGCAGCGAAUUGGACGGCUCGGCGUCCACCGAGGCGGCCAAU